CGCCGCGAGAUCGGCGAGAAGCUCGCGGUCCUCCAGGGCAACAUCCGCGUCAUCGCGCGCUGCCGGCCGCCCGUCGCCUGCGAGACGGCGUCCGGCGCCGACGUCUGCGCCGUGAGCUUCCCCGCCGGCUGCGACGGCGACGUCACGGUCACGAACGACGCGGGGCUGAAGCAGCGCUUCGAGUACGACGCGGUCUUCAGGCCCGGCUCGACGCAGGCCGAGGUCUUCGAGGCCAUCUGCCCGCUGGUCCAGAGCGCCUUCGACGGGUUCUCCGUGUGCAUCUUCGCCUACGGCCAGACGGGCAGCGGCAAGACGCACACGAUGGAGGGCCCGCCGGACGACCGCGGCGUCUACUUCCGCGCGCUCCGCGAGCUCUUCCACGCGCGGCCCCCGGGCGCGGCCGUGGCCGUGAAGCUGAGCAUGCUCGAGGUCUACAACGAGACCAUCGUCGACCUGCUCGCGGACGGCGGGAGCAGGCCGAAGCUGGAAGUGAGGCAGACGGGCGCGGGCCACUCCGUCCCGGGCCUCACGUCGCUCGACGUGGAAAGCCUCGACGAGGUCCAGCGGCUCACGGAGCGCGGCGGCGCGAACCGCUCCGUCGGCGGCCACGACCUCAACGCGCGCAGCUCCCGGAGCCACCUCAUCGUCGCGCUCGACGUAUCGACGACCGUCGACGGCGCCGAGCGCCGCGCGCGGCUCAACCUCGUGGACCUCGCGGGCUCGGAGCGCCUCAGCCGCACGGGCGCGACGGGCGACCGCCUCAAGGAGGCGCAGAACAUCAACAAGUCCCUCUCCGCGCUCGGCGACGUCAUCGCCGCGCUCGCGAAGAAGAACGCCGCGCACGUGCCCUACCGCAACAGCAAGCUCACCUUCCUGCUCCAGGACUCGCUGAGCCGCCACGCCAAGGUCCUCAUGUUCGUCAACAUCUCCCCGGCGGAGUCCAACGCGUCCGAGACGAUCUGCUCGCUGGCCUUCGCGAGCCGCUGCCGCGACGUCGCGCUCGGCGCGGCCUCGAACAAGCCCGACGCCAUCGAGCUCGCCAAGGCGAAGCAGGAGAUCCGCGCCCUCAAGGCGAAGCUGGCCGCGGCGGCUCCGGCAAAGGGGCGAUAG